AUGGAGUCAGGGGAAAUUAUCAAGCUCUUUGAUUCAUGCUGGUUUGAGAUGGAAAUCUUCAAGAAGCAUGUAUCCCCAUCACCAUCAACAAGUUUUGAACCAAAACCAGAUCGCCAAGAUGAAGAAAACUUAUCAAAACCAGAGUUUAAACGCGCCCCAACGCUCCAUACAAGGUCCAUGAGUGACCAGUUGAGCUUAAGCACAAGCUUCAUAGGUGAUGGUUCUUUCUCACCAGACUCAGUUCUCCACGCACCAAAGCUCCAUAAAAUUAUUUCAGGUAAAGAAAUUACAGAAGAAGAGUUGCAAGAGGCGGAUAGUAAUAUUCAAGAGGCACCUAAUAAGAAGGCGGUUACAAGUACGAGAAUUUCAAGAAAAAAGAAGGGUAUAAGUAAGAGCUUGUCAGACUUGGAAUUUGAAGAGCUAAAAGGGUUCAUGGAUCUUGGCUUUGUUUUCUCAGAGGAAGAUAAUAAGGAUUCAAGGUUGGUUGAGAUAAUUCCUGGGUUGCAAAGAUUGGGAAAGAAAGAGGAUGACGAAGAGAGUAAGGAAGCUGAUAAGGCUGAAGUUUCAAGGCCUUAUCUUUCAGAAGCAUGGGAGGUUUCAGGAAGAAGGAGAAAAGAAAACCCUUUGAUGAACUGGAAAGUCCCUACUUUGGGCAAUGAGAUUGACAUGAAAGACAGCCUUAGAUGGUGGGCUCAUACUGUUGCCUCUACAGUUAGAUGA